AUGCUCAAACGUGUUGAUCCAACGAAUAUUGUCUUAGUGACUGAUUUGCAAACAAUUGAUUCUACUAUUGAGACUUGGAUUCUAUUGGCAACGGAGGAGACAAGGUCAAAACGUACGAAGAACACUGAAACUGGUUCUUCUAAAAAACAAGUCAAGGAGUCUAAGUCUACAAAGAUUCCAAAGAAGAAACCAAUCACUAUUGAAGAGCCAGUGACACACAAACUUUUGGUUGCUGACACAACCUUAACUAAGCUUGUUGGUCCAGAAACUCAACAAAAAGAAAUUAUUCCUUCUAGGACCGGUGUUUUUCGACGAAUCAAAAUGAAGUCGAAGCAUAAUAGCAUAUCUCCAAAUACUAAUGUAGUACGAAAGCCACAGGUUACUCAUCAGGGAAUAUUAUUUCGUGAAAUUCCAGCGCUUGUUUCUCCAUCAUCAAAGAAACAAAGGGCUAAAGAUAUGGCUAAACAUAUCUCAAAGAAGAAGAAGAAGACAAGUACAGUGAUCAUCUCUACUGAAUCUACAGAUAAUGAAGAUGAAUGGAUUCUAGAAACUCCUACAGCAAAUCUCCAAAAAGAUACUUCUACUACUUCACAGACAGCUGUUAUACCACCCGAAGAUUCGGUUGCCAAGUCAUUUUCUUAG